CCGGUGCUCCAUCAUCACUAUCGUACCACCCACCUGUCGAGUCUACCAUCUCGAAGGUGAAGAAAGCCAGAAAUUGUCAGCAAGUCAGAGACGUUGUUCUUUGAAGAGCCGUAUACCAUGAUAGUGUCGUGAUACCAGUCACACCUCCCGACUCCCUUCGACUCUCCAUCUCCCAACCCUCAAUAUCUAACCAUCAUGCCGUCCUCAAUAUCAACAACGUGGUGGAGGCUCCUGGCAGUGACCUUUCUCACCUUGUGUCUCUUGUCAACGGUAGCCACAGCCCUCCAAGUUGCCCCGGGAUCACCAUGUGCAUCGGUCUGCCAGGACCGUACCGACGGCGAUGCGAAUGAUGCGAAUGGAUCGACGACAAGCGCCAAGGACAUCGUUUGUGAGGAUCCUGAUUACGAUUCAAGGACCGUCAAGGGCAUGAAGUUCAAGGAAUGCACGCAAUGUUUGCAAUCGAGCAGGUAUACCAGCGGAGAAGAGACGGAUCUCAUGUGGUAUCUCUACAACCUGCGCUACGCUGCAAAUGUGUGUCUCUACAAUUACCCAUCAGCAGUUCAGAACAAGUCUUUUGCUUGCGAUAUCCCGAGCUCAUGCGGUGGCCUUAAGACCGCCCUCAGGGAGGGUGACUUGAAAGCGGAAAGCAGCACGCAAUUGGAAUACUGCUCCGCCGACAAUGAGAAGAUGAAGGCAUGGGCAAUCAAGUCUUGCACCAGCUGUUUGUGGAACGCCCCCGACAGCAAAUACCUCUCUAAUUUCAUGGUCGCCCUAGACGCCGGCUGCGUCCAGCGACCCAAAGCAGGCGACCUUAUUGGUCUGACGGGCAGCUUGUUCACAUCCUACGCAGUAAAUAUUACCGACCCGCCCAAGCUAGAGACCGGUCCUGCUCCCCCGGCCCAAACAAAUAUGGACACAGGUACCAUCAUUGGUAUUGCAAUCGGCGCAGCUCUCGUUCUACUCCUUGGCGUCGGUCUCUUCGUGGUCUACUGGCGCAAACAGAAGCGUGCGAAGGCUGAAGAAGAGCGGAGGGCCAACGCAGAUUCGCCAAACGGUGGUGGCAGUUCCAUCACCGCACUGAAUAUUGGUGGCGGCCCAGGGUCGGGAGGUGGUCGUCAUGGCUACACCACUGACUACAAGAGGGAAAUUGGCCUAACUUCCUUCGAGCCGUGUGAUGCACCUCGAAGCGGUGGUCUCAACAGCAACAGGAGCGGGAACUAUACCAAUUCGGGCGAAUAUUACGACCAGCUGGAGAAAUACCAGCAAAGGGCAGCAGCCCAGCAGUACGGCAUGAUCAACCACAUCGGCCCAGCGGACUCGCUACCUGCACACCCAGCGUACAUCCCACGUGCUGCCAUGGCUCAACAGCAACAGCAGCGAAACAGCACAGACUCUAGGGGAUCCCGUAAUACCGCAACAUCAUCUCAAAACCUACAGCUACAAUCCAUAUCAAACCAGGCACUUGCCGUUCAAGACUCACAACAGCAAAGACCGAUAUCAACUCAAACACUCUCCGCUCAACACCUACAACAACAACAGACUACCCGCCGUACAUCACCCCGGAGUUCUCCACGCCUUGUUCCCGAACCCAUAACCCUCUCAGCCGUUCCCGCAUCAAAGCAACGUUACACUAAGACUACGACUGAACAAGCACUACCGGCUUCGCUAUCUACAUCAGCAAAAUCGGCGGUGGAUUCAUACGCCAUGCAGAAGUACCUGGCCGCCGAAGACGACAGGCCGGGCCACACCAUGCCGCCCCCGCCUGCGCAGAAGCCACCAAGGGCAGCGAAGCCAUUCGACCCCGCGAACCCUCCGCCACCACCACCUCAGCCGGCGGUCAAGAUCCCGUCGCUCGGUUUGCCAUCCAUCCCGCGGGUCCGCGUGCCCAAGCAGUACGCGCCCCCGCGGAUCAGCGUCGAAGAGCCUACGCCGACAGAUGCCGCCGGCCGUGUGGGCCACUUUGGGCGAACAAGCGCGCCGGGCAGCCGCUCGUCUUCGGCAUCCCGUGACGGGCGGCCGCCGACGAGGGGCAGAGAUGAGUCCAACGGGAUCAGCAGUGCGUCAACCAACGAUCGGGUGAUUAGGCAGACGGUGAACGCCACGAGGCCAAGACAGGAAGACAUGCCCAUUGCGACUGGGAAGACUGUUCUGUACAGUGGAUGAGGGUCAUUUUUGUUUCUUCUCUUUUCGUUAGCAUCACAAGAAAUGAACACGAGCAUAUUGUUCUGAAUGUUUGUUUAUUUGGAUUUGCUGCCAUAUGUGAUUUGUUCAUGGAUGAUGGAUGAUUGAUGAUGGGUAUUUAAUGAUUUGGGUAUCUGAAUUUUGGUUGACCUGGUGAGCCCCAGUUUCGAGGCGAAGGACACCGGAUCUGGUAUAUAUAAGUAGAGGGAUAACAGGACCUUUUUCUUAGUCUUGGGUACAAACCCGGUGAUGAC